AUGGCUACCAAGACCCUCAUCGCCGCCCUCGCCUGCGCUGCCUCGGUCAGCGCCCACGGCUACAUCGAGAAGAUUGUUGCCGAUGGCCAGUCUCACGUUGGCUACAACCCCAGCAACGCUCCGUGGCAGGAGGACCAGGGCAGUGUCGCCUGGACCUACUGGGCCACCGACCUGGGCUUCGUCUCCGCCAACGAGCUCCAGAGCAACGAUAUCAGCUGCCACCUCGGCGCUACCAGUGCCAAGAAGAGCGCCGCUGUCACUGCUGGCUCUAACAUCGAAUUGAAGUGGAACACAUGGCCACAGAGCCAUCACGGUCCCGUCAUCAACUACCUCGCCAACUGCGGCGGCGACUGCGCCAACGCCGACAAGAACACCCUCAAGUGGUUCAAGAUCCAGGAGAAGGGCCAGAUUGAGCUCGGCUCGGGCGGCGGAAGCCCCGGCUUCUGGGCGGACGACGAGCUCUUCGAGAACAACCUGAGCACGAGCGUCAAGAUCCCCUCCGACAUCAAGCCCGGAAACUACGUCCUCCGCCACGAGAUCAUCGCCCUCCACGAGGGCCUCGAGCAGGGCGGCGCCCAGUUCUACCCCCAGUGCAUCAACCUGAAGAUCAGCGGCGGCGGCAGCAAGUCCCCGGAGGGCACCGUCGCCACUGAGCUCUACCAGAGCAACGACCCCGGCGUCCUGUACAACAUCUACAACGAUGAGAAGCACCCCACCUACACCAUUCCUGGCCCCAAGCUCUAUAAUGCCUAA